AUGGCGUGGAGAUCUUUGCAAGUUUUACAAAGAUGUUUUUGGUUCUUGCAAUGGCUUGCUUACGAUGGUAAACGCAUGAUCUUCUGGAAUCCAGCGACAAAGAAGCACCAAAUUGGUGAAGGAGUGAUCCUGUGGAAGCCACCAACGAAGAGGGACCAAAUUUUAUCCACAAUGCUGCGUGGAUUUAGCUACGAUGCUAUUAACGAUGACUACAAGGUGAUCAUAAUGACUCAACCCUACAUGGAAAACAAUAUGAGAGUUAUGGUUUACAGUUUGAAAGGUAAUUCUUCAAGAAGAGUUGAGGACCUCCUUGAUUAUUCUUUUGUUAAGUAUAAUAGGCAUGAAUCCAGUAGUGGUGUUAUUUUUAAUGGGUCACUGCAUUGGGUGGUUGAUCGCAAAGGAAAGGUUUUCAAUAGAUUUAUACUUGCAUUUGAUCUUGGGGAUGAGAAGUUCUGCUAG